UAAUCAAGUUCAUAUUUCUGCUCAUUUGCAAAUCAACCGACAACGUCUCCACAUAAGUUGAAGAUUGAUUAAAAAAUUAAAAAAUUUAGAAAAAAUGAAGAUCACUUUAGUUUUGGUCUCGAUUUUAUUUCUGUCUGCAAGUCCAGCUCAUGCAGACCCGCUAUCAAGUUUGGUAGAGGAAGCGAGCAAUAUAACCGACAAUCUUUCUGGUGUGAUCAGAACAUUGACGGACCAGGGUAUAGGAGCUUUUUUGAAUGCAACCAACUCUCUUGCACAGUUUCGAUCGGAGACGUUAGAUUCUUUCCUUGGAAUUAUUUCGAACUACACAUCUACUGGGUUUGCUUCGCUUGAGAAUGCCGCCAAAGAUGCCGCUGAGGUCGGAGUGAACGUCACAGAAAUACUUUCCGACGCAACAGGAAAAUUGAAUAAUCUUGCUGACCAAACCGUUCAAAACUUUGGUCAAGGGGUAGAUGCCAUCAUGUCCGACGCUCGUGGAGCCUUGCAAGUUGAUAUCAACAAAAUAAGCCAAAUGAUAACAAAACUCACAGGUUAUCCCGUUAGGAUAAACAAGUGCUUGAUAUCAUUGCGCCCAAUUGCAUGUUUGACUACCUUCAUAACGGAUGCACGUAACGAUUUAUCCAGUAUCCCCAGUAUGUUGGCUGAUAUGACGGUCAACACACGGAACACAAUUGACGCGGCUGUGACAAAUUUGGAAAAUCUGACACAACAAAUGGUCACAGAUGCUGGGAGCAGUUUUGAUAAAAUUAUUAAGGAUGCAAAUCAAGCGGUGGCUGCCGCAAUUCAAGGUGCCACUGGGAUUGUGGGGACUGGUAAUUAAAUAGUAUGCUUGAGACCCUAAGGUAGAAGUAAAUUUAAUUGGUUAAUUGGUUAUUUUGAAAUCAAAAUUGUUAAAGUUUGAGUCUGGAAAUUAUUGUGGUAUAAAAUCAGUUAAAAUUCUUUUAAAAUAUUUUAAAAAUAAUUGAAAUAAUAAAUAUUAUGAUGUUUGAUUAAUAAAUAAUUUCUUUCCAAAUUUAUAUAACUCUAUUAAAUUAAGUAACUAAAUUUUAAAACCCCUAAUUGAUUUAUGGUUACUGUUUUAAAACUGGAUUUAUUUUAUGGCUCUUCAUUUUAUUGAAAGAAUUAAGCAUUGGGUUUUUACUCAUCAAAAAUAAAAAUAUGUAAGAAGCGUACAUACUCACGAGGGGAAUACAUAUUGAGAAUUGUAAUUAUCCAAA